ACAGAAAACAAUAGAAAGAACGUUUAAGCUGUUCAUAUGCUUCACUUGGUUCUCCUAAUGAUGUGAUAGUUAAAUAGUGGUUUGAAAGUUUUAAGCAUUUCAGAAGCAUAACACUGUAAGAAGUGUAAAAAUGAAGUGAAAUUCUGAACUAAAAGAAAUAAAUAAGUAGCCAGGCUGUGUGGAAUUAGGUGCAUGAUAAGUUGAUCAAUUACUCAAUAUGAGAUAGAUAUCUAGGUAUUAUCAUUACUGUUUACUUUUCCAUAUGAAAAAUAUACUUUUCUCUUCAACUAACUUCUCUUUUACAGUCUGAGUUUGAUGAAAGAGCAGAAAUAAUUACCCCAUGAAGUUGAUGACCUGUUUAUAGUAAGAAUUUUGACUGUUCGUUUGCACUUUUUCUGAUGAACAGUUUUCUUUAAACAAAAAGCAUAUACCACCCCCUUAAUCUACUGGAUGAGAUCAGCUACUUGGGUCACACCAGCCCUUUAACUUGGUAGAAAAAAACCAAAGCCUUUUGAAAACAAGAAACAUAGAAUCACUAUUAUACUAUUGUAUCUGAUCACUGAUGCUUGUUUCUCACAUUUACAUGCUGAGAGGAAUGAACAUCUUAUAUAUUUUUUUUGGGGUCUUACUUAUGCUAAUUCCAACUAUUAUGGAUUGAACAGGUUCACCAUGCCAGUGGUUGAGGGAGUUGAGAUUGGAGUCUCAGGGAUUAAAUCCAAUAAGCCUUCUUAUUGACUGUGCCAAAUGUGUUGCAUCAGGAAGCAUCAAGAAUGCAGAUAUUGGCCUUGAGUACAUAUCUCAGAUUUCAUCUCCUGAUGGUAAUGCAGUGCAAAGAAUGGUGAGCUAUUUCAGUGAAGCACUUGGACACAGGAUAAUAAAACAUCUGCCAGGUGUAUACAAAUCUAUCAGCCCCUCAAAAACAUCACUAUCUUCAGACGAUAUCCUUGCUGAGAAAUACUUCUACGAGUUGUGUCCCUUUUUGAAGUUCUCAUACCUGAUCACAAACCAAGCCAUUGUAGAGGCAAUGGAAUGUGAAAUGGUGGUUCACAUCAUUGAUCUCCAUUGUUGUGAGCCAGCUCAAUGGAUAGAUCUUCUACUCACUUUCAAAAACCGUCGGGGAGGUCCACCCCAUCUGAAAAUUACAGGCAUUAAUGAGUCGAAGGAAGUGUUGGAUCAGGUGAACUUUCAUGUGACAUCUGAAGCUGGGAAAUAUGAUUUUCCUUUACAGUUCUACCCAGUUGUUAGCAAACUGGAAGAUGUUGACUUUGAGAAGUUGUCUGUUAAGACUGGAGAUGCUGUUGCAAUAACUUCUGUUCUUCAACUGCAUUUGCUUCUUUCCACUGACGAUGACAUGGCUGGAAGAAUCUCACCAGCAGUGGCAGCCUCCAUGAAUCUGCAGAGAACAGUGCAUAUGGGCCAAAGGACUUUUGCAGAGUGGCUUGAGAGAGAUAUGAUCAAUGCAUAUAUCUUGAGUCCUGAUUCUGCAUUGUCACCUCUUUCCUUUGGUGCCUCGCCUAAGAUGGGGAAUCUUCUGAAGGCCAUGCGAAAGCUCAAUCCAAAACUGGUGGUGGUCACUGAACAGGAAUCAAAUCUGAAUGGAUCAAAUUUGAUGGAGAGAGUUGAUAGAGCAUUGUACUUUUACAGUGCAUUGUUUGACUGCUUGGACUCUACUGUAAUGAGAACAUCAGUUGAGAGACAAAAACUUGAGAGGACGCUUUUUGGAGAGCAGAUAAAAAAUAUCAUUGCUUGUGAGGGAGUUGAGAGAAAGGAAAGACAUGAGAAACUUGAAAAAUGGAUUCGAAGGCUUGAAAUGGCUGGUUUUGUGAAAGUGCCAUUGAGCUACAAUGGGAGGAUUGAAGCAAAGAAUCUGUUGCAGAGAUAUAGUAAUAAAUACAAAUUUAGAGAAGAGAAUGAUUGUUUGUUUGUCUGCUGGAGCGAUAGACCAUUGUUUUCUGUAUCUGCUUGGAGUUUUAGGAGAUGAAUGUUCAUAUAUGGCUGGAUAUAAAGGAACCCUAGCAUUGCCAUGGAUUUCAAGAGGUUUAAAAUGAAGUAAUCAACAAGACAAGAAGGUGGAUGGGUUUUUAUUUUCAUCUUUCUUUCUUUUUAAAGUUUUUAAUUGUUUCUGUAUAUAAAGGGUUUUAUUGUUUUUGUUCUCUAGAGGAGCUGAUGAUUUGAAACAGCCUAACAACAAAUCCAUCUUGUAUUCCUGUUGAUGUUAAUAUCAAUUCAUUUCAGUAAAAUAUUCGCUUUUAAUUCUCACCUGGGUUAAUAUGCCAACAAAAUUUGUUCAUAUCACUGAACUUGGUUUGUAUCUCUUUCAGUAAUAUCAGCACACAGAAAUAACAUUAGCUAAAACUCGUUCUUAUUCACAAUAGCUGAAAGUGGUUCCAUUAUCUAUAAAAACUGCAAAUACUUAUAAGAAACUAGGCAUAGUUUUGCUCAAGAAAUAUUUGUGUAUGUAUGUUACCUCAAUGUCUUUGGCUGUGCCAUGAAGCAUUGGAUAGGAUAAGACAGAUUGGCAAAAAGAACUCUUGUACCUUAACUGAAAUAAACAUGUUUUUUAUUCAUUUUUGUUUAUUUAGACCAUUUCCAUUAAGGUUAUAGUGCCAGCUAGACAAUACGGACUAGUAAUUAGUGUUUGAAUCCUUUGGUUUAAAUGUAAAGCUACUCUUUGACAUUAGAUGGCAUGAAUGCAUCAUUUUAGAGGCUCCUUGUAUUGGAACAAGCCCUCCAAUUGAGGGUUAAGGGAGUUUUCACUCUCUAUGACAUUGUCAAUGUUCAAAUAUCAAGUCCAUUGAGACAAUGUUCAGACAUCAAGUUCACAAACAAUGUCAAUGUUUAGAAGUCGAGACAAAAUACAAUUUAAAUACACCUUCUUCCUACUCUUCGGAGACGACUUUUAGGUUGACAAUACUUCAGAUGCGAUAGAUAUUUUACAAGGCAAGACAUCUUACUUAUCAACAUCUCUUAUGACUGACAAAUGCUUCAAAAAUAUCAAUAUAGUGCAAUUCAUAGAACCUCAUUUUUUGUUCCUAUUCCAUGUUUUGACCCUACUUGGUACCUAGAUUUAACCAAUUCACAUAUCCAUAAUCUCUUGCAAUACUCAUCAUCUUCAGCAUUGCUUUUAAAAGACUCUUACUUUUAUGAGGUUACAUUGCAUAUAUUUUAGUAGAUUUCCAUGUCCAUAUAGGAAAAUUACAAGAUAUUAAGCCUUGCUUUCUCCUUCCGUUUAUAGUAACAUUGUUUAGACCUAUAGUUGAUGACUUUAGUUUUACAUAAGAAGGUCGUGUAUCUCAAAACACAAACAAGGCAACUUUGUUUGAAUGCUGCUCCCUUGUGGUAUAUUAUACAAAACCUAUGUUUAUCCUAAGAUAAAAUUUAUACUUCUGACAAAUGGUGCUAGAACAUUUUUACAUAAAUCAACAUAUUAUAUUUCCUCUACGUUUGGUCUCUUAGGAGUUGUCUCAUUCUCGCUCCAUAAAAUAGGUAGUAAUAAUGACACCAUGUUUGUCUCCUUUGCAAACAAACUUCUUCUGACAAUGUCCUUAUCUAUGACUAGAUAACCUUUUAUAUGCAGCCAAACAAUAGUGGUUUGGAGGCUUUAAUGACUACCGCGGGAAAAUCGACUUUCACACUCAUCAAGACAAAGAUGCAAGGAACCGUUUAGACAUUGUUGGAUUGUACUUGAAUUGGACUUAGACACCCCAUUUGUCCAACUAAAUUCUCAUCUUAUUUGGUGAAGCAACCAAUUAUGGUCGAAAUCAAUGGUGACAAGACCAACUCUUUUCAUUGUUCCUAACUUGAUGCAGAUGUCGUUCAUGACAAGAAUUUUAACUUCUACUGGUUUACUUACCCCAUAAAACACAAUACCAUAUUCUCUAUGAAGCUUUACUUGCACUUAUAGGGACUUUGGAUGCUCUUGGAAUGUUCAUCUGUGUUAUUCAAUAGGAUUGACAAUGUAGUGAGAACUAGAGAAGUUGCUUGGUGGUAUACAUUGUCUUUUGGGUGCCCAAGGACAAACUUAUGGACACAGGUAAUAUAAUCUCUCUACAGAAUAGAACAUUUUACAUAUCCCCCAUGGAACCUUGUUUUUCUACAAAUUUACAACAUUUUACAUAGUAAUAAUGUGUUACAAAAAGUGCUAGAACAAUUUGUCAUUUGACCUUGUAUCUUGUUCUUCUCACCAAGGAUGAACUAUCUCAAAAGCUUAAGGUUGUGAAUCAUAAAAUUUAUGUACAUGUUGUCAUGAGAAGAGUUUAUUGCAAGAUAAUUGAUGGAAAAUGAUGAAUCAUUGAUACAACUUAUUAUUUCUCUUGUAGCAGUAUUUCUGCACGAAUUAAAUUGACUUGCAAUACUAGCGAAUUUGCAACACUCUUAUUGUAUUUAGAGUGCUCUUUCCAGUUGUCCUGAUAAAGCUAUCUCUUAAUGUAUUAGAUUCACCAUACCCGUGGCUCAAAGAUAUGAAUGGGGAAGAUAGGGAUAAAUACCUGGCCCGUAUUCUUAACGCAUGUGCAAAGUUUAUUGAAUCAGGAAGCAUCAUGAACGCAGAUACUGGACUGGACUAUAUUGCUCAUAUUGCCUCCCCUUAUGGUGAUGCAAUGCAAAGGGUAGCCACCUAUGUUAGUGAGGGUCUAGCCUUCCAAGUUCUGAAAAAUUUGCAGGGAGUACCUAAAGCUGUCAAU